CAUGUUCAAAGUCGUCAGCUUGACUUAACAUGUAGUUGGUCAGCAGAGUAGAGCCAACGGGAAAAUAACGGGAACGGGUGUUGGACGUUAAAUCAAACGAGGGCAAACUCACCGAGCGUGGAAGCGGCGACCCUUAAAACACACAACGUUAGGCUACAACGCUGGCAUCAUCUGCUUCCAUUUCCUGGCGUCUGCAGAUGCAGGAGUAGCCAGUGGAGAACUGAAAUGAAAGAAGCAGCAGAGAGACAGGGAUGCAGAUGCUCUCCAUGUUCCUCCUGAUCCAACCCAUUAGCUCAAUUUAGGUGUUUCUUUUUCCCAAACUAGACUGUGGAAAAGUUGCUAACACACAUUUAUUUAUAACUUCUUGCUGUCUUCCGGCAUUUUUGCAGAACAAAUACUUAUACUUGCUACCACUCUUUUAUAGACGGACGGUUAUUAGUUUAUUGAAAUUAUGGCAAACAUGUGCCCGUACGGCCGCUUUACCCACGCCGUGGUGUGGGGCAUCCCAGAAACCUUUGGGAAAGCAGUGGGAGAUGGUGGAGAGAAUGGGGAGACCACUGUGGACCUGGCCAAAGCUCAGCGUCAGUUUGGUUGCCUGACAGGAGCCCUAAGGCAGAAGGUGGGCCUGCAGCUGAUCGAGAUCCCCCCUGACCCCGACCUGGCAGAGAGCUGGAGGAUAGAGGAUGUGGCAGUCAUCCAGGGUGACACGGCACUCAUCACCAGGCCCUUCAAACAGCAGAGACGCAGUGAGGCGGAGGCAGUGAGGAGGGUGGUGUCAGAGCUGAACCUGACUGUGGUGGAGAUGGGGGCUGAGGAGGGGGACUCUGGAGGGGCCACGCUGGAGGGCAGCGAUAUCCUCUUCACAGGGAGGGAGUUCUUUGUCGGCAUCUCCUCCCACACCAAUCGCAGAGGGGCUGAAGUGCUGGCAGACACUUUCAGGGACUUUGCUGUUUCCACUGUCCCCGUCUGUGGCGGAGCCCGUUUGAGAAACAUCUGCUCCAUGGGCGGUCCAGACACAAUCAUCAUCAGCAACAGUGAUGGCGCCAAGAAGACACUCAGGAUGAUGGAACAGCUGACGGAUCACCACUAUGAAGUGCUUACUGUUCCAGAGGAAUCGGCAGCAAACUGCAUCUAUAUCAAAGGUCCGUCUAAACUGGACUUCCUGCUCCACCGGCCUGCAGAGGAAUGUCCUGACAGCGUCUCUGCCUUCCAGAAGCUUCAAGAUUACACCCUCCUGCCUACAGCCUGUAGCGAGGCCUCAAAACUGGGAGCGUCCCUGUCCUCGCUCUGCCUCCUCAUCAACAGAAAGCACACAUAUUUCUGAAAUCACUUCCAACCGUCAGUAUGUACACAGCAUUUUAUCUGCACAUGUUCAUGGUUUAUUUCUAGGGGGAAAAUAGCAUGUGAGAUUCUCAGCAACUAGUUUCCUCGCAAAAUUAACAACCACUUAAUACUGUACUG